AUGUUACUUGGCGGCCCAAACCCGGCGCAUCCGCCUAUUUAUAAAAUCGCACGGAUAAACCGCUUUCGACGUGAAACGCCGCCGCUAUCCCACGCGGAUGGGGAAAUAUUGAUAAAUCGAUUGUCGGUUUAUCCGGUAGGGGUCGCGGCAAUCGUCGCCCCCGUUUCACGGUCAGUCCGGACACGGUAUCGCGAAAAUUACCCAAUUUUCACGCAAAACCGCGAACUCCCGUGUGGACUCAUCCCGCACCUGAUUCGAGACGUUUCGUCGCUGAUCGUCCGCCCAUUACCGGGAUUUCGUACCAAGCAUACAGCGAAACAAAUAAUUGAGCCUGCUUGUUCAAACCUGCCCGCCGCGCGCCGCAUCGGUAAUACAAUAACGUCCGAUUUUUCAAGGUUGGCCCCGAAUCCGACAGAGGGCGCGCUAGAGGCAGCAGGCCUACAGUCCGGCAAGAUUAACGACUGCGGCAAAUACUGCGGGCAGCCCGCAAACGGCCCAACCAUUUCGUUCAGCAGUUUCCGUCAGUCCUUCACCUCCAAUGUCAAUUACCUGAAGAGGAGGUUCAGCUCCGGGGACCUGUCCUCGGAGUGCGACGAUGGCGACACUCAGGUCGAUCCCUACGCGAAGCCGCCUCCCGUUACGUCACAACCGCAGGCUCCGCCGCCACCACCGCCGACCCAGCUGGGCAGUACCGGCGACUUGUCCCUCAAUUUCAGGCCAGGUUCGAAGACGACCAGCGCUCCGAGCUCACCGGCCAAGUCCAGGGAGAGUCUGCUACAGCGGGUGCAGUCUUUGACGGGCCAGGCGAGGGACCAGGGAGCUUCGUUCUUGGGGGCGGCAGUGUCGAGCGCCACAAGGGUGACUUCCUCGGUAUCCGGAAGACACUUGACCCUGUUGGUGAUAGACGACCAGAACACCGACUGGAGCAAGUACUUUAGGGGCAAGAAGGUGGGGGAGUAUGAAGUUAAAGUAGAACAGGCGGAGUUCAGGGAGAUCACGGUCACCGCGAGCGCAGACGCAGGGGCCAUGGUAUCCAUGGCGGUUUACAGGGGCGGCACUAGGGUGGGGAGAUCUUUCAAACCGGACUUUUUACUGGUGAGACAGAACCUGCGAGACGCUGGCGAAGACCACAAGAAGCUUCUGCUGGCGUUGAAAUAUGGCGGCGUGCCCAGCAUCAACAAUUUGGACGCGGUUUACAACUUCCAGGAUAAACCUUGGGUGUUCGCCCAUCUGGUGCAGCUCCAGAGGAGAUUCGGCAAAGACUCGUUCCCCCUGAUCGAGCAGACCUUCUAUCCGGAUCACACAGAAAUGAUAACCGCUGCGCGUUUUCCGGUUGUGCUGAAGAUAGGCCACGCACACGGAGGACUCGGCAAAGUCAAAGUAAACAAUAUCGGCGACUUCCAGGACAUGGCGAGCGUGGUCGCUGUCGCAGGAGCUUACUGCACCGUCGAACCUUACGUCGAUUCCAAGUACGACAUCCACGUCCAAAAGAUCGGCACCAACUACAAGGCGUUCAUGAGAAAGUCCAUUUCAGGUUGUUGGAAGACGAACACCGGAUCCGCCAUGUUGGAACAAAUCUCGAUGCCGGAGCGGUAUAAGACGUGGAUCGACGAGGUCUGUGAUUUGUUCGGUGGUCUGGACAUCUGCGCCAUCGAGAUCGUCGUCGGCAAAGACGGCAAAGAGUUCAUCAUCGAGGUAAACGACAGUGCCCUCACUCUCCUGGGGGACUCCCAAGAAGAGGACAGGCGUCACAUUUCCGACCUGGUCGUAUCGCGCAUGCACGCCCUCUGCAGACCUUCUACUCCUCCGGGAGAAGAGCCGGCGCCGCCUCCCGUGGGACCCAGAAGUAUCCUGGGCAGCUUAAGCAGUCUGACUCAUUCUGAGACUCCGCCCCCGUCCUCAGCGGAGCACCCGUCUCUGUCCAGCGUCGGCAGAAGGGACAGCCAAGCUUCGCAAACUAGCACGGUUAGCAGCGCCCCCAGUACAGGUCGGCUGCCGGAACCGCCCCCGCGGCCAUUCCAAAGACAGGGCAGCCAACAGCAGUCGGUGACUGAGGAUGCCGAAGACACCAUGAAGAACCUCAGGAAAACCUUCGCGGGCAUAUUCGGCGACAUGUAAACCCGGCAACGCCGCUCAUUUUCGUCAAUAACGUUAUCGUUUCCGAUAUAUAUACUUCGACCAAAAAUAUAGUGCUUUUACCCCGCGAUUAACUUUGCCUACUGGUUAUUACGCCAAAAUCGCAGCCCCUUAUAGAAUACUCUGCCGUGCAGGCCCUUACUCGUAACCAUUCCAGGACCGUCCUAGGAAUUUAUCUUUGUUUGAAACAUGUACAUAAAAAAAAUAGUAGAAAGUAACAAUUUAUUACGUUCAAUUUCAUUAUAUACAAAUAUACAAAAUCUUUGGCGCUUUUGGCAGACGAAAAUAAGGCACCUUCCACCCAACCAUUUUUGGACCCAGCGUGAAGGCGGCACGUCUAGUACACACUUGUGUCGUGGGUGUCGUCUAAAUACACUAUUUUGGUCUUGAAAUUUCUUCUCUCAAUUUUUUCUUGGCUAUCCCACUUGUAUUUGCUGAGGUAGUUCGUCUUCUUCGUCCUGUGAUUAGGUUCGACUACCAUCUUCACUUCGUCUUCGAAUUCUGCGUUGUUUUCCAUGUCUUUUUUUAACAGGGGAACGUCUGCCGCUUUAACAGGACACAAAAACUUACCGGUACUUACCCUUACCCUUUGAACUAUCCAGUGAAAACAGCUUCGCAAUGACAAAACUCGAGAGUUAGCUACAUAAAUACGUACUUACUGGAAGGAUCACUAAACUGUUAUGAACAACGCUUAAUCAAAUUUAAAACGGUCCAUUUACGUUUCAAAUAAAAAUUUCAAGUUUCUACAAAUAUUCGUUACGGUCCAUCUCAGGCCUCGUCUGUCGAGAUGGGUUUUAAUACGGUCCUGCGAAGAUCCUGCGGUUACUUACCGGAGAAUACUUCAAACGUCAAAGCAAUAAAUGCACUAUAUUUUUGGUCGCACUAUACAGUGGGGUGGGUCAGUUUCGGUUUAUUUUUUAUUUAGAAAAAAACAAAACGGAGACAAAUAACUCGCAAUAAUUUCGCUUUUGACUGGAACGCGAUUGGCUAUUGGAAAAAAGCAGUCGUGACGUCACAAGACAGUGAAGUUAUCUUUUUAAGGUAAUGGGGUGUUUCCCAAACUCGAUAGCCUAUUAGAAGUAUCUGGGGAAUAGAUAAUAAAGGAUACGCGGUAAAACAAUGAACAGAGCGUAGAUAAAGCGGUUCUAAAUGUUGUGACCAAUUUCAAUCACAAAAGGUUUGGUUAACUAUCAAUGAGGAGCAAGUUUUGUUGUACCUGAAACAAUAGGCAGUUUUCUUUGCCGAAAAUGACUCGGAGAAAUUUAAAAAUUGAUUUGGCCCUAAAUCAUCAUUGUAAAACUGGGUGGGGAUACAUGGAGUCAAUGUUUGAGCUUAAUGCUUAAUCAAUUGAUACAGAAAGAAAGGUGUCGAUUUUUUUUUUGGGUUAUAAUGAUUGCUUUUUAUUUUUCCACAGUUCAUCGUUUGCGAAACAGCAGCUAAAUAUUAGGCUGUUUCUGUAGUAAACAACAAGUUUAAAAAAAGGCGUUAAAAAAAAAGGAGAAAAAUUUUUUUUUUUAAACACUUCAAAAAAAUACCAAAGCAUUAGAGGGGCAAGACAAGUACUGCAAAUGAAUUAUUUAAUACAGAAUUAAUCUUAUUUAAAUCAAAUACAGCUAGUUAUAAAAUCCUUAGUAGCUAGAUUCUCAUUACUUUUUUCCUUUUUGUCUUUGUCUCCUUUUGAUUCCAUAUUAUUCGCUUCAUGUUUUAUGUUUACAUGUUUCCUUUUUUUGAUCUGUUCAAAUUUACCAUUUAAGAUACAAAAGAAGUCGAACAUUGAACUGAGGUGGCUUUUACUUGAUGAAAAUCCAUUUAACAAAAUAAAUAAGAACUAAAAGUUCAGAUUUUCAUGAAAUCGUAAAUAUUCACAUAAUUGUUUCGACAACACCGUGUUUUCAUCAAAUGUAAUAUUUACAAACUACCUGCAACUAUAUAUAACGACAAAUGACAAUAAAACCUUAAUUAAUGUUGUGACCAUUUAAGUUUAAUAAUCUAAUUGAUCGUUAAGCAAUACAUUUGAAUGUCUCGUUUUGUUAAUCUCCAUGGCUUCCACUAAAUUUAAUAUUCUACUUUUUGUGGCUGUAUGUAAAAUUUUUAUGGAUAAUUUGGAAAAUAUCAUACUAGAACAUCCUUUAAGUAGAAGUUUCCUAUGGUGGUAUAGAUACGUGGAUGAUGUCUUUGGUUGCUUUGUUGGAACGAACAGACAAUUACAUAGUCGUAUAAAAUUCACUAUCGAGAUUGAACAGGAUAACUCUAUGAAUUUUUUAGACUUUACUAUUACGAAAACGCAAAACAAAUUAGACUUUACCAUUUACCAUAAACCUUCCCACAUAACGCUUGGACCCAGUGAAAAAGUUUCAAAACAUUUUUCAAUACUUUUCAUAAAUAACAACACUAAUUUAAAAAACAAUAAAACGAAAUGUCCGAAAUCUCAAAAAUAUACAGGUUGAAAUGCGGAUCUUGUCUUAAAAUUUAUAUUGGACAAACAGCUGAAUCCUUCAAGAAACACAUUAGCGAACAUAAAAGGGCGUUUAAAAACAAUAGUCUGGAUUCUAAUUAUGCUACACAAUUUUUGACGACAUUUUCGAUAUUUUACAUACAGCCACAAAAAGUAGAAAAUUAAAUUUACUGGAAGCCAUGGAGAAUAACAAAAAGAGACAUUCAAAUGUAUUGCUGGACGAUCAAUUACAUUUAAAUACCUCUCCAUUAUGAAAAUUAUAUUCUCACACCAACAUUAAUCAGGGUUUUGUUGUCAUUUCUCAGUAUAUAUAGUUGCGGGUAGUUUGCAAAUAUAACAUCUGUCAAAAUACAUAAUUUCGUGAAAAUCUAAGUUUUAGUUCUUAUUUGGAUUGUAAAACAGAAGUCAUUCAAUCUGCAGCACUUAUAUAUGAUUCUGGUUACGAUCAUGAUCAUUAUUAUGAUUUUCACAAUUUCACUUCGUUCGUCUGAUCACAUUUUUAGACCAUAACCUACGUUAAAAUAAUAUGAUACAGCGACCUGUGUGUGCGUACACCCUGCUUCAGUUUAAGACAACUCUCUGUUUACGGAAAUUCCUUUGAAAACGGUGUAAUAAAUAAAUAAAUGCUAUCGAGUUCUGGGAAUCACCGUGCAUAACAUUAUUUUCUCAACUGUCUAUAGCAUACUUGUAGAUUUGCCGAGCAAUACUUGUAUCCGAAUACCAACAUUAUUCACUGCCUAGGGUUUUGGGUACCCCCGGCGGUACCCGUUGUUACGUCUCGUGGUUGUUGCUAAAUGUACUAUUUUACGUGCCGAAAAUGGCGCCCGAGGGGUGUGGUCGCAAUACGCAAAUUCACAUCGCGACCUCAAACUAACAUCGAAUUGAUCCCGAACUUUAAACGGAGUCGCCCACUAUUGACGUGACGUCAUAAGUAGACUCUUCGCACAACGGUCAAGCUGAUGUUAGGCCACCUGGAGUCUAGCUCGCGGAGAAUAUGCCGGGCGUCCCACUUUAUAGGAUAUGCAAAAAAAGUUCCUUGGACUCUCAUGAAGACUUAAAAUUUUGUUGGUACAGGGUGUACCAAAAGUAUCCCCCCUCCCGACAUCAACUUUGUUAUUUUAAAUCGGACACCAUGUAUAUUUCUACAUUUUUUGAAUCUUUGGAUAAAAUAAAAGACACUUCCUUAAGAAAUUCCUAUUCGAAUUUUGCGUAGUUUGGCCAGAAAUUGUGUUUUUUUUUGUAUUUUGAUUGCUCCAUAUAAAAUUGUGUUGUGACGCUACUGCUCUAGGUAUUGCGACGAAACUUUAACCACAGGUUAAGGAAAUGAUGCACUACUCAAUGAAUUUGACAGAUUGCGCCUCAACUUAUACAGGGUGUGCCAAAUAGGUGGUGCCGUUUUGGCAAAUUCAAUUAACAAAAUCUCAAGAUUUUAAAAUGAAACACCCUAUAUUUUUAUUCAAAAUAGGAAUUGCUUAAGAAAGUGGCCAUUAUUUUAACCAAGGAUUCCAAAAAUAUCGAAAUUUAUACGGUGUUUUUUGCUUAUUUUUAAGAAUGCGUAUCAUUAAGUCUACAAAAAUAUAAACAAAAAAACGUAAGUUAACUUAGUAACUCGAAAGUAACAAAAAAUUAUCUACGACACUGCGUUCUUAUGCUGCUAUGAGGAUGUCGUUUUACGGGUAACGUGGAUACGAGGGCGAUUCCAAAAAUACAUUUGCGCAAUUGGGACGCCCGGUACAUUGGACCGUAUACGAGGUGGUCCGGUGAACUUUAUCGUCUUCGAAAGUCGUGUCGGGGACGAACCCGCAGGACUUUUGCGUUUUUAACCUCCCGCAAUGUUGUAAGGUAAUUUUGCACCUCUGUAUGUAACAUGUAUUAUACGCUAGGACUCGUGUAAAGGUGGGGAAAACGUUACACCGUGGGCGUGGCGGAAUCCAAAAAAAAGCUAUAAAAACUCGCUAGAUUUACUUUAAAUUUUUGAGGAAGACGCGAAAACUUACGCCAUUUCGAUAACUUUUGUAUACUCUCAUUACUCGUUUUUUUUUUCUUGGAAACUAUAUCACGUAAUGGUGAAACCAUUUUUGGCGCCUGAGUUUGAGUAAAUUAUGGAUGUUUAAAUGUAUUUUGCUUAUUUGGGACAGUUCUCGAGUUUCCAAAGUGUUCCCCUUAGGAUCCACGAAAAUGUAUCUCUUUAAAUAGUAAAGAACUGAACCAGCAAAAUUUUGAAAGUGGUCUAUGAGAAAAAAGUCUUGCAACCGGUCCUCUAAAUCUAAUCGAUUCCGACUUUAUGCAAAAAGUGCAUUUGGAUAUGAUUGGACGCUCUUGGAGUGAUCCUUCGUUAUGGAUCGCCCUGUACGUCUUAGUGUCGAUCGCAGUCCCAUACGAGAGACUUAAAUUAAAAAAAAUUGAAUUUUUUUCCAGAAAUUCUGAUAUAACUCAAACAAUCUGACCUAUUUCCAAAAAUUUUGACUUGUUUUUCAAAAAAUAUUACUUAUUUUCUAUAAAUUCGAAAUUAUUUUUCACAAAUUGUUACUUAUUUUUCCGAAAUUCUAACUAAUCAGAAAUUUGGGUAUAAAAAACAUUAUAAAUUCUGAAUUACAACUUAAUCUAUAAAAUCUGACUAUGCGUUCAAAAUUCCUAUUUAUUUUUCACAAAUUAUGAUUUAAAUUAGAGAUUAUGAUUUAUUUUAUUAAAAUUUUUAUUUUACUAAACUUUCCAGAAAUUCUAAGUUAUUUUUCACAAAUUCUCCACUUACUUUUCCGAAAUUCCGACACAUCAGAAGUUCUGACUUAUUUUUCAAAGAUUCCGACUGAAGCUAUAAAUUCUGAUUUAUUUGUCAUACAUUCUGACUUAAUGUCCAUCAAAUCCAAAUUAUUUUCCGUAAAUUUGGACUUGUUCUGUACAAUUUAACAAAUAAGAAAUUUUGACUGAUUUUUCAGAAAUUCCGAUUUAAUCUAUAAAAUCUGACAAUUUUUUUAGAAAUUCAGACUUAUUUUUCAUAAAUUCUGACUCAUUUUUCAUAAAUUAUUAAUCAUAAUUAAAUCACAUGUUAUUAUUUAUUUUUUAGAAAUUACGACUUAAACUAUAAACUCUGACUUAUUUUUCACAAAUUCUAAGUUAUAUUUUCCGAAAUUCUGACCAAAUCAAAAAAUUGUGACUUAUUUUACCAAAAUUUCGAUUAAAAUUUCAAUUAUUUUUAUAAAUUAUGAUUUCCUUUUGAGAAAUGACUUCAGAGGAAUUCUGAGAUAUUCAUUAAAAAUUUGACUUAUCAAACUAGAAGCUUUACUUUAUUUUUGGUGGCCUUUCGGGACAUUCACAAUAAAACAUUUUAAAUAUUUUACCAGUGUUUACAUGUUACUAGGAUUCGACGCUUCUUAAAAAUUCAUCUUCUGCGUUUGGCUACCCACGGUUUAACGGUCUGUGCGAUGUAAUCGAACAAACCUUCAUGACAUAAAAAUGAAUAUAUUAGCAGGCUAGUAAAACUUAGUUUUUUCAUGGUUCAAACGACGGAUGGGCGCGGUUCAAACGAAUAUAGCGACCAGUCGCCCAUUUCAGAGUUGUGUAAAGUAGCAAAGCUUUCAGUAUAACACGUUCAUUCGCCAUAUUGUGUAAGUGUUACAUGGAUUUCAAAUAAAC